UUGUGCUCACCUGUGCUGGUCGAUGCCCAACUGCCGCCCCCGCGGUACCUGCCGGGGCACAGGUCCCUCCAGACAUGAUGGCGUGGCCGUGGGUGUCCUGCCUCCUGCUUCCUGCCCUUGUAGGGUCUGUGGCAGCCAACAAGGCCCCGAAUUUCCUGCCCAACAUGACAUCAGUGACUCUGCCCGAGGACCUCCCACUGGGUGCCAUGGCCUUCCAGCUGCUAGCUAACGACCCAGACGGGGACCCUUUGAGCUACGGGAUUACUGGUCCGUAUGCCUACUUGUUCAACGUCAAUGCAACCACUGGGGAAGUGAGACUGAAAAGCCCUCUGGACUAUGAGACAACUACCUGGUUCCGCAUCACCAUCUCCGUGAGCGACAAUCAUAACAGCGCAGUAUUGAGGGACAUACCGGUGUUCGUGGAGGACAGAAAUGACAACAAACCUGUUUUCCAGAAUACCGACUUCUCUGUCAAAAUCAAUGAGACCUUGCCAGUUGGCUCCCUGGUGUUCUCAGCGGUGGCCAAAGACGUAGACAACGGUCCUGCAGGCUCUGUGAAUUACUCCAUAAUGGAGGUCAUCCCUAACACCACGGAGAGCAAGAACCUCUUCGAGAUCCUGUCCAAUGGCAGCAUCAUUCUUAAUGACAAGCUCGACUACAACAACAAGAGCUCCUUCUAUCAGCUGAAACUGGAGGCCUGUGACUUGGGUGGCCUGUACAACAACAGCUUUCAGAUCCAGUGCUCCCAGCCUGUCUUCCUGUCCAUCUCUGUAAUCGACCAGCCAAACCUGGACCCUCAGUUUCUCAGGGAGUUUUACUCGGCUUCUGUGUCUGAGGAUGCAUCCGUGGGAACCUCAGUGCUGAAGGUGCAGGCCAUGGAUAAUGACAGAGGCAUCAACGACAAUAUGAACUACAGCAUCUCCAACUCCACAAGACCCGGCUGGUUUCACAUCGGGCCAGAUGGGGUUAUCACAGUCAACAGUUCCCUGGACCGUGAGCAGUUGCUGGAUGAGGAUGAGGAGGUAGAGGUGCAGGUCACGGCCACCGAGGAACAGCUCAACAUCUAUGGGCAGGAAGCCAAAGUGAGCAUCUGGGUCACACUGAGGGUGACAGAUGUCAAUGACAACGAGCCUGAGUUUUACAACUGCAGCCUCCCGGCCUGCACCUUCACCUCCCAAGAAGCCCUAACGAACUUCACUGGCUACGUGGACGAGCAUGCCUCCACCCGCAUCCCCAUAGACUACCUCACCAUGGUGGCCUAUGACCCAGACAAGGGCAGCAAUGGCACCUUCCUAAUGUCCCUGAGUGGCCCCGAUGCAGAAGCCUUCAGUGUCUCCCCUGGGAAGGUAGUGGGCGCAGCUGACGUGCAGGUGCUGGUGAAAACACCGUCGCUGGUGGACUACGAGACUAAGGAAGUGAUGCUGGUACAGGUCGUGGCCAAUGACUCAGCCAACCAGAACCUCUCCACUGCCUGGGUGACCAUCUACCUAAGAGACGUUAACGAUCACAGACCCACAUUUUCCCAGGACCAGUACAAAUUCAGUGUCUGCGAGCACAGUCCAAAUGGCACUGUCAUCUCUGACUCGAUCAACGCCACUGACCCAGACACGGGUGAGUGGGGCAUCAUCACCUACAGCCUGCUUCCUAGCAGCGGGACAGACAUCUUUGCAGUGGAUCCACGCUCAGGGAACUUGAGCGUGAGCAACUCCGAGCUGCUGGACAGGGAGAAGCUGCCGGUGUUCUACCUCACUCUGCAGGCCACGGACGGCGGCAACCUGUCGACAUCCACCGUGCUAGAGAUCUUCCUGCUGGACGUUAACGAUAACGAGCCUGUAGUCAGCGGCUCCUACAACAUCUUUGUCCGGGAGGAACUGGACAAUAUCUCCAUGACCAUCAAGGCUUAUGAUGCAGACCAGCCAGGAACCAACAAUAGCCACCUGCAAUUCACAUUGUCCGGCUCCUAUAGCCACAACUUCUCUAUGGAUAUCAAUGAAGGGAUCCUCAGAAAUGUGGGACCCCUGGACCGGGAGGCCAUCAACCCUGACCUAGGGGGCUACAUCGUGCUGACCGUGAAUGUGAGUGACUGUGGCGUGCCUCAACUCAGCACCCUGGUCAAUGUCACCGUCAAUGUGGAGGAUAUCAACGAUAAUCUCCCCAUCUUCAACCAGUCCAGCUACUCCUUCUCGGUAAAGGAGAGGACCUCAGGUGUUUUGGUCGGCACGGUGCAGGCCUCAGAUGCAGACCAGACAGAAGCCAACAACCGCAUCAGCUUCAGCCUGUCAGGGGUGGGCUCCAACAACUUCAUCAUUCAAGGCCAGGUGCUGGGGUCUGGGAAGGCUGAGGGUAACCUCUCGCUGCCCGUGGACGUGAGUCUGGACUAUGAGACACAAAAUUCCUACAGUCUGAUUGUGACUGCUGAGAACCCAAACCCCCAAGGGGAGAAAACCAUAGCAAAGGUCCUGGUGACUGUGGAGGACGUGAAUGAUGAGCCGCCCAUUCUGGAUUCAGCCUCGCUCCGGGGCAUCUCUGUGGCCGAGAAUGGCUCACAGCAUGACCUGGUGACAAACGUGGUUGCCCAGGAUGUGGAUACCACGUCUCAGCUGGAGAUACAGCUUGUGAAUGUCAUCUGUACCAAGGCCCAGCAUGAUGUGGGCAGCCUGUGCCAUGACUGGUUCUCUGUGCUGGGCAACGGCUCCGUGUACAUCAAUCAGAGCGAGGCCAUCGACUAUGAGAGCUGUGACCUGGUCACACUAAUUGUGCGCGCCUAUGACCAGGAAACAGACCCUCGCUUCCAGGCUUACAGUGACAACGGAAGCCUCCCCAUCACCAUCGAAGACGUGAAUGACAACGCACCCUACUUUCUGCCUGAGGAUAAGACUUUUGUGAUCCUCCCCGAACAUGUUCUUUCCAGCCAGGAGGUGGCUAGUGUGAAGGCCAAAGACGAUGACUCAGGGGACAACGGAAAUAUCGUUUUCUCCAUCUACCAAACGGUUUUCAUCUCCAAGGAAGGCACCACGACUCCUAUCCAGGGCUUCCGGAUCUCCACCUCUUUAGACUCAAAUGUGUUUUUUGGCAGCAUCAGGCUGAUGACCAACCUUAAUGCCACUCAGCGAGGCACUUAUCAAGUAACAGUCCAGGCCCAGGACAAACCUCUUGUGAAUCCGCCCAAGGAAGCCAAAACCACCCUGAAUGUCUUUACUGUGGAGGAGAGUGACCGUGUGAGGCUGCAGUUCUCCCUGAACAAGGAGGAGUUGGACCUCAAGUCGGAUGAGAUUAAGAAGACUCUUACCCAAGUGACCAACACUACAGUCUACAUCGUGAAAAUUCAAGACAUAGAAACCACAGCUCGGGCCCGAGGCCGUUCCUACCUGGAUGCCUACUUUGUUUUCUCCAAUGGGACAGCCUUGACACUUGAUGAGCUGGUUAUGGUGAUCCGGAGUGACCAGGAUGUACUGACACGGCUGCUGGAUCUGGGGCUGGUGGUGGUGGGCUCCGAGGAGCGGCAGGAGUCGAAUUUGCCGCAGGUGCUCAGUAGUGUCAUCAUUGGACUGGGAAUAGCUUUGCUGCUGGUCAUCGUGAUCAUGACUGUGUCCCUCAUGUGUGUCCGGAAGAGCUAUGAGAGGAAGCUUCGGGCUACAAAGGCUGCCAAGGAAGCCCGGAAGACACUGACGGGGGUAAUACCCUCGGUUUCUGCCAUCCCCGGAACUAACAUGUACACCAAUGAGAAGGCCAAUCCCAUGCUGAACCUCGCCACCAAAGACCUGGGCUUUGAGUCCCAAUCUUCCUCCAGUGACGCAGAUGAUGUCAGCCUCAACUCCCUGGAUGAGAACUCUGUGGACCUGGAUAAGGACAAACAGGAAGUCAAGAAGGAGCCCCUGAACACUGGACUGCAAGAGCCAGAUGCAGAGCCCCUGAGCAUGGUGCUGUCUGGAAGGAAUGCCGGUGUGGGUGGACAGAAGGAGAAGAUGUCCUUCACCAAUGCUGGCAUGGACACCACAGAUGUGUGAAGUGGGACGUUCACAGAGCCCCCUGUGGGCCCCCACCCUUCUGGUCCACCUUUGAAGAAGUCUUGUCACCCCCAAACUACACCUACCCCUCCCUGAACAUAAUAAUAUAUCAUGUU